ACAUGUCAGCUGCAGAUCUGCAUUCCACAGUCCAAUAUCUGUCAUUUGUAGAUUAAUUACUAUUCUUUGUGUUUAUUACGCCUAAAAUUGUUAUGACUUUCUUGUAUUCGCAAAAAUGGGAGCAAAAGAUUCAAAACCUAGUUUUAUAUCAUACGAGGACGCAGCAAAAAGAGUGUCGGAUAGCGAGUUAAGGCGCAUACGUGAAGCAUUCAAAAGAUGUUCAGGAGCGAAUGGAGCCACACUCAGCCUGGAGGCUUUUGUACAUGAAGUACUGUGUGAUGGAGUGCCAUUUGAAGUGGCUGAGUGGUUGUAUCAGGCGUGUGGUGGAACCAAAAGAGGCAUAAGCUUCAAAGACUUACUGUGUGGUAUUGUAGUUCUUACAAAGGGAAAUAUUGAAGAAAAAAUAAAGUUCCUGUGGACACUUUAUGUUAACAAUCAAAAUGAUAAUGGUACAUACAUUUAUAAAAAGGAUUUUGCGCAAGCUCUGCACAUAGAGAAGACCUCAUUAACUGCCUCAGAUGCAUAUAGAAAUGUAGAAAUUUUAACUAGUUUAUUUGGAUCUGGCGAGAAAGUAACAUUUGAACAGUUCCGCUCGUGGCUGAUAAUACAUAAAGAUGCUACUGUGCUAUCAAAAUGGUUGCUGUAUGACAGAAGUAAUUUUGUACAAGAUUUGGCUACACCAACAUUUUACCAGAGCCUCGCUGGAGUCACACACUUAGAGGAAAGAGAAAUAAUAGAGCUCGAGAAAUGUUUCUGGACUCUUCGGUCAGCGGCUGGCGGUGCUUUGGGUUCGGCGGGCGUGUGCGCGCUGCUGUCGCCGCCGCUACCUCGCGCCGCCGCCGCCGGUCUGUUCCGAGCGUUAGAUGACAACUGCGACGACCAUGUGGACUUCAAGGAGUUGUGCUGCGGAUUAAGUGCAGCCUGCCGGGGACCGACCACAGAGCGCUUGAAAUUCUGCUUCAAGAUCUUCGACCAAGAUAGAGAUGGGGUACUCAACAAAACCGAACUUGUUGACAUGGUCGGUAUCCUAUGUACGGUCGCCAACGAAGCUAUCAAGAAUCAAGGCUCAAGGUCAUCGACCCCUACAGAUUCGGAGUCGGAGAGAGAUGGCUACGACCCAGAAGUGGUGCUACUGAAUCUGAGAGACAAAUUGGUACCGAUCGGCAAAGAUGGGAGGGUACCAAAGUUCCAACUCGGACCCACCAAUGAGGACAUUGAACUUAUUAAUAGGAAGAAUGAAGCCCUAGAAGACUACGAGAACAUAAUCGGGGCGGACAUGGUGCUGACCGCGGAAGACUUUCUCAUCUGGAGCGUGGAGAGUGUGGAGGCUCUCGUCACGCCGCUCCUCGAACUUAUCUUCGAGGUGUGCCACGUGGUGCUCGGGCUGAGGCCGCAGUGCAGACACCAGGAGAGGGAUAUAGUGCUGGGUUGGAUGCGGCGCGAGGCCGCGCGGGGCCAGUCAGUGGGCCAGUUCUGGUACCUGGUGUCGGCAGAUUGGUGGGCCAGCUGGCUGCAGUACGCCGCCGCGCCGCUCGCCUGCUGCCGCGCGCGCACCGACGACGACAGCCUCACCACCAACUCCACAGAAUCUAUGGGCUCGUUGCUAUGGCGGGCUGACACGGCGUCGCUGGGCAGCGCGGGCGGCAGCAGCGGCGUCGGCAGCGCGCCCGCCCCGCCCCGCGCGCCGCACCCCGGACCCAUAGACAACACGCGCCUGCUCGCGCAGGACACGCUCAAGGUCCGCACGCUUACGGGCGAGGGCGGUCUGUUGCGGCGCGACCUGACGCUGGCGCAGCACCGCGACUUCGAGCUGCUGCCGGACGCGCUGUGGCGCGCGCUCGCCGCCUGGUACGGCGCGCCGCACCCGCUGCCGAGACAGGUGAUAAGACCACCGAAUGGUGAUGUGGAAUUGGAGCUGUAUCCUCUGCAGUUGAAAAUAUUGCGGCACGUCGCCAGCACACAAAGUACACUGGGUCCUGGAAGCCUCAGAGCGACGCCGCCUGAGCGUCAACUUGCCUAUAGCGCGGCGUUCUCGCGACUCGCUACUGUCAAACAAGUGACAGAGUUUUUAUGCGGCGCGCUAGGUUUACCGCGCGAGGACGUACGUCUAUGGGCGCUAGACGGCGCAGGGGCGGGUUCGUGUCCGGUGCUGUUGGACGACGAGAGGCCUACCCUACAUGAGCUGGGCAUAGAGCCCCGCGCGCGGUUGUUGUUAGAGCGUCGCAAUCCGGACCUGACUUGGCCUGAGGAGAUCACUCAGCUAUGUAUGAGCGGUUCCGGUCGCAUGGCGGAGCGGCGUGAGACGCUCACCGCGCCCGACGUGCCCGGAGCCACGGGCUUACACAAUCUGGGGAACACUUGCUUUAUGAACGCCGCUUUACAGGCCGUAUGGAACACAGAAGCUCUGACGCGAUAUUUCAACUCGGGGAUGCAGUAUUACGAAGUCAACACAACAAACCCACUAGGAACUAAAGGAGAACUGGCGUUACGAUUUGGUGAACUCUGUAAUGAGGUAUGGACGGGUAGUGCGCGCUCCGUAGCGCCGCUACGCGUACGCGCGUGCGUCACGCGUCACGCCCGUGCGCUGGCGGGCGGCGGGCAGCACGACGCACAGGAGCUACUGGCAUGGCUCCUAGACGCACUGCAUGAGGACCUCAACCGCGCCGCCCCCGCGCCCACCCCGCCUGUAUCCACCCCUGCACCGACUAACACCCCUGAUACGCGGCCCGAUCAGGUGGUGGCAGCAGAGGCGUGGUCGCAGCACGUGUCGCGCAACGACUCAGUGAUGACGGAGCUGUUCUACGGGCAGCUCAAGUCCAAGGUGCGGUGCCGGUGCGGACGGGAGUCCGUGCGGUUCGAUGCCUUCAACAUGCUGAGUUUGCCGCUGCCGCUUGAGGCCCAUGUGAGAUCUGAGCUGAGAGUGAUACGACUUGAUGGCUCAGUUCCUAUCAAGUAUGGCGUUCGAGUUGACUCCGAAGGAACUUACCUGGACCUGAAGAUAAAGCUGUCGAAGCUCUGUGGUCUGCCUCCUGAAUCAAUGGUCCUAGUGCUACUCUCAGGGGCUCUAGUGGGUCGCAUACUCGACGACCGGGCGAAAGUCGCGCCCGCUACCGCCUGUGACUUGUACGCGUACGAAGUACCGCCCACAGACACACCGCACCUUACAUUCCAGGAUGAGGCUGAAGAAGCGGAGAUAGCGACAGAGGAGUGCGCGGAGAGCGGUUACUCAGAGGCGGAAGCGGACGCGGAGGCGGAAGCGGGCGCGGCGCAGGUGAGUGCGCGCGCCUCCAAGCUGUGCAUGCCAGCGCUCUUCUGCUUCCAGCGGUCCAAGUCAGAGAUUCUAAUGUCUCAAAGUCCACCGGACGCUUUCUACAAUAACCAGACAUACAGCGAAAUUCCAAACGACAUUAGAAGCAGGACUCUACCGAAUAGGCCGCUAAAGCACAACGUCAGCUCUCCGACUCUCAGUAUGAAGUCAUUCACAUUAAACUCGAGACAAAGACUCGCCAAAACCAAAUACGGAUCAUCCCCGUCCAACAUGUACAAAAUGAACGAAGAAGCGGAGACAAAUAGAAAUAUCAACUAUUUGUUUGCGAUACACAGGAAGCAAGUUGCAAACGACGCAUACUUCGUAUCGUGGCAGCGCUGCCGGCCCGCGACGUUUGGCGUCCCGCUCGUUGUCAGCGUGCGGCGCGGCGCCAGCGGUCGCGAGCUGUAUGCCGCUGUAUGGGCGCAGCUCGCCAGGCUUAUAUCGGCCCGCCCACCCGCGCCGUCGCUCGCUAAUCAUGCUGCUGAUUGUGACGACAGCCUCGGCUACGAGUUCCCGUUCCGGCUGCGCGUGGUAGACGCGGGCGGGGCGUGGUGCGCGCUGUGCGGCUGGCCCGCGCUAUGCCGCGGCUGCGCGCUGCCCGCCGACGACGCGCCGCUCGUGUGCGACAGCCCCACCCCCGGUACAUACCGCAUGCGGCGGCACUCCCGCACGAGCACCGCGAGCGGCGUGCCGGACAGCAACUCGCCCGUCGCCAAGGCCAAGUUCAGCCGGGAGAUAGAGGCGCGGAGGGACUCCGGGGGUCGCGAGGGCAGCGGCUGCGUGCGGCGGUUGCGGCUAGCGGCGCUGCCGGCGGGCGCGCAGCUUGCGGUCGACUGGGAUCCCACCGCGCUGCAUCUACGAUACCAGGCCGCAAGGGAGAAGGCGUGGCAGGAACACGAGUCAGUGGCGGAGUGCGCUGCGGCGGCGGCGCGGCCCAUCGACCUGGCCAGCUGUCUCCGCGCCUUCACGUCAGAGGAGAGACUCGAGCAGCGCUACCACUGCGAGGCGUGCCGCAGCGCGCAGCCCGCCACCAAGAAGCUGCAGAUAUGGCGACUACCGCCCGUAUUGAUCAUACACCUCAAACGUUUCCAAUACGUGAACAACAAGUGGGUUAAAUCACAGAAGGUCGUCAACUUCCCAUUCCAAGAUUUCGAUCCCACGCCAUAUCUCGCUUCAGUGCCUCAAGAGACCAUACUCAGGCAUAUAGAACUAAAGAACGCUUCGAAACGGCGCUCCUCCGCGCUACUAGAUAUAGAAGACCCCAUAUCAGAGAGCGAUAGUGACUGCGAGAAAGAGAAUGAAAGUCCAACAGAGGAACGAGUGAGAAGCAAAGAGAGAGUGAAAGAGACGGUCGCUACGAACAGAAAGCGGCUGGAGUCCACUAGUCUGACCACGACGCCGGUACAAGAUGACAACCUCGUGGAUUACCAUCAACAUCACUUACUGCCGGAACAGGAUCCGUUCGAUUUGAAGUACAGAUUGUACGCCGUCGUUUCGCACUCUGGCGAGUUGAGCGGCGGUCACUACGUGGCGUACGCGCGCAACCCUCGCGGCGCGUGGCUGUGCUACAACGACAGUUCGUGUCGCGUGCUCCCCGCGCCCGCUCUAGACCCCGCCGCCGCCUACCUGCUGUUCUACGAGCGACGCGGCCUGCGCGCCGACAGCUACCUGCCAGACGUCCCGCCCACCCCGCCCGUACCGCCCACGCAGCCGGCCCAACCCUCGUGCGCGCUCACGUAGCUAGUGUGACGUCAUCUACCGCCUACCUGCUGAACUAUGAGCGACGCGGCCUGCGCGCCGUCAGCCUGUUUGACGUCAGCCACAGCAUCUCGCGCGCAAUGUGUGAGGUGUGACGCAUAGGUGUGACAUCAACAAUAGCUACACAAUAAGGCGCUUUGCAGACGACGAGGCGGGGCGGGCCGUACGCCCGUCGAUG